GGUAGGGUUCAGUGCAGGAACAGAGGAACUGCUGCUGUCACUUAAAAAAAGGUAUGACUGAAUUGGAUAAAUGUUUAUGGUCUGGUUUAGUAAAGACUGACUUGGUGUUGAGUGUAAUUAUGUAUAAAUGCGUGCAUUGGGUUUAGAGGCACUUGUAUUUUAACAGGCAAGGUUAGCUAGCCAGCAUGUCCAGCAGAUUAGCCUGCUCCAAAACUCAGACUGAUCCGUUAUCACUUGACAGUUUAGCAGCUAACAGCUAGCAUUGGGGCGUUUAGUGAGUCCAGCCAGUAUAACGUAGAUGAAUGAGCUCUGUUCACCGUCGCCCUGCCCCGCUCCCAGCUCCUAAUAAGUCUCCGCUCGGAUGGGCGUGAAUCCUCCAAUGCUAGUGAGCUAAAGUUAGCUGCUGGCCUAGUGGAAAACACUACAAACGACCCGAUUGCAAGCUAGUAAGCCCAGUUGUCCAUCCAGCACCAUGGGAAAGAAGAGUCGAGUGAAGAUUCAGAAGUCCGGUUCAGGAGCCAGCACUGUGGUUUCCCCCAAGGAGAUGAUGAACCUGAUCUCUGAGCUGCUGCAGAAAUGCAGCAGUGCGGCACCCUCUGCUGGUAAAGAGUGGGAGGAGUACAUCCAGAUCAGAGGCCUGGUGGACAAGAUUAGCAAAAAACAAAAAGGUAUGUCGAUAGUGUUUGACGGCAGCAGAGAAGACCACUUUCAAGACUUGUUGUCCUGGGCUCAGGAAAGCGGGGCGUCCUGUGACAGCUUCACAGUGGCCAACUUUGGAACCGAGGGCUACGGCUUGCAGGCCACCAGAGACAUCAAGGCAGAAGAACUAUUCCUGUGGAUUCCCAGGAAGAUGCUCAUGACUGUGGAGUCGGCCCAGAACUCUGUACUGGGUCCUCUCUACAGCCAGGACAGGAUCCUACAGGCCAUGGGCAACGUGACUCUGGCCUUUCACCUGCUGUGUGAAAGGGCCGACCCGGCUUCAUUCUGGUUGCCGUACAUCCGCAGUCUUCCUCAGGAGUACGACACACCGCUUUUCUACCAGCAAGAAGAGGUGCAGGUGCUUCUGGGCACACAGGCAGUGCAGGACGUCCUGAGCCAGUACAAAAACACGGCACGCCAGUACGCUUACUUCUACAAACUGGUACAGACUCAUCCCGCCGCCAGCAAACUGCCCCUGAAGGACAGCUUCACAUUCGAUGACUACAGGUGGGCAGUGUCCUCCGUGAUGACCCGCCAGAACCAGAUCCCAACCGAGGACGGCGGCCGGAUCAUUCUGGCCCUGAUCCCCCUCUGGGACAUGUGUAACCACACAAAUGGACUGAUCACCACCGGCUACAACCUGGAGGAUGAUCGCUGUGAAUGUGUGGCACUGCAGGACUACAAGGAGAACGAGCAGAUUUACAUCUUCUACGGCACACGAUCCAACGCCGAGUUCGUCAUCCACAACGGCUUCUUCUUCCAAGACAACGCCCACGACAGAGUGAAGAUCAAGCUGGGCGUCAGCAAGAGCGAGCGCCUCUACGCCAUGAAGGCCGAAGUGCUGGCACGAGCCGGCAUCCCAGCGUCCUGUAUCUUUGCUCUGCACUGUAAUGAACCCCCCAUUUCAGCCCAGCUCCUAGCCUUCCUCAGAGUCUUCUGCAUGACAGAGGAGGAACUGAAGGACUACCUGCUCGGAGAUCGUGCAGUCAAUAAGAUCUUUACUCUGGGCAACAGCGAGUUCCCGGUCAGCUGGGAGAAUGAGAUCAAGUUGUGGACUUUCCUUGAGACCAGAGCUGCUCUGCUGCUCAAGACCUACAAGACCACCUCACAGGAGGACUGCUCCAUGCUGGAGAAACCUGAUCUAUCUCUCCAUGCUCGAGUGGCAAUCCAGCUCCGCCUGGCCGAGAAGCAGAUCCUGGAGAAGGCGUCAGACAGCGGACGUGCCAAACGUCUGCAUUUUGAGAAGAAGCUGGAGGAGGGCGCUCCCUUGCCUCGGUACGAGGAAAGCGAUAUCGCUUUGCUGGAGAAUACUGACGCUGAUGCAAAGCUUCCAAUCAUCCUACGCCAGCUUGAGGAGGUUGAAGAAGGCCGGGAGGAGCACAGUCACCUCCUCAAUGGGGAGAAGGAUGUGUAUGGUAUGGAGAUGGAGGCUAAUGGAGAGCCAGUACAGGAGGAGAGUCAGGAGAAGGUCAGAAAAGAAGUUUAUUCAACUUUGGACUCGAUUAGAAGUUCAACCCAGAGAGGCCAAAGGGAAGAGGCCAACCUAAGUGACAGUCGAACUGAAGAUGAUCCCAAAGAGAACAGUGAAUAAAUAGAUUUCACUUAAUGCCCAUUGACCAUGCUAUUUAUUUAUUUUUGUGUCUGUUAAAUGACUCAGAAAUAGAAAAGCUGAAAAAAUAGAAUUUGAAGUCACAGAAGUUUUCUGACUAUACGUUCAUCCAGCGUGUCUUUUCUUAGUUUCCCGCUGCUGCCAGUGUGUCCCUCAGCCUUCUGUGCUGCGAACUAGCCUCUCUUUUUUUUAUUUAUUUAUUUUUUUUUUUAACAUUUGAAACUUUACAUUAGAACAGCUGGAAGCCUACAGAAUAGUAAGAAAGUGAGGGGGGGCGGGGGCCAAAACUGGUUCCAGCUAAUUGUUAGGGGAAGAGAAAAAAAAACUAAAUGGAGUUAGGUGAAUGUUAUCUCCACAAAGCCAAAAUGUCUCUUAUCUUGUGAAUUGGUUGCUUUAUUACUGCAGUUUGUCUCCAUAUGUGUCCCGUAUGCUUUGAGUUGACAAUCCGAUAUUCAUUUUGGGGUGUGCUGCUCAGUUAAGACCAUCACUGCCCUCUACUCCCUUUUCUUCUGGAUGAAAUCGUUUCAAGCUAAACAUAAAAUGAUCAGUUUUAAUGAGAACACUUGUUUUCAGUUGAUGGUGACUCUUAUGGUUUGGAAUGACAGGCCAAAAUAGAAGAUGGGGUUUUGUUACUUUUUACCAUUUAAAUUGUACAUUUUCCAUCAUUACUUAGUUGCAGCCCUCAUUAAGAAACAUGGAAUGUUUUACUGUGUGUUUUCAAGAAGUAUAUUUAUGAAAUGUACCCAGUUUACGUUGCAGGGAUUAUUUGCGGAUGUCGCCCAAAGAGAGUGACGAGUGACCCAGUGAUCACUGAGAACAGCCAUAUGCUCCGCUGAGGACGCAGUGAGACAGAAGACGAGGACAGUUUUUGUGAGUUCUCCUGUUGGAAGUUUUUCGUUCCGCUGAAUUUCAACACGACACUUUUUGUAGGAAAAAUACGGAAGCAGUGUCGGUAGGUUCUUCCUCUCUGUAGUUAGUUUUAACUGACAGUCAAUACAUCUAGGAGGGAAACAUCUGGCCAUCAGUUCUAUCAGCCUUAUUGUAGAAGGUUGUGGGUUCUUCCAGUUAAACCCACUAACCUGGUUUUGAAUCAGUAAAGUUAAAUUCAAACAUCAUAACCUGAAUUGUCCAUUAACUCGCCCAUUACUUUGCUCUACUGCAGUUAUGCAGAGACACAGGUUUGUUUAUAGUGUGACUGUAUGUAGCUGAAUGGCAAUACAUGAGUGAUAUGGAUUGACAAAAUAUUCUCGAGUCAAGGUCCACCCACUAGUUUUGAGGAGCUUUUGACCACAUUUCAGUCUAGAUGAACAUCUAGUUGUUGGUUAAGGUGUCCUCACAUAGCUUAGGUCAGGUGAUAAGUGAGUGGUUGUAUGUAGGGCUGCCCCCUAAACGUGGAUGAUUCCAAUCAUCCGUCGAAAAGACCUCGUGUCAACUCGCAUUUAGUUGAAUCAUUGCACUUUUUGCAUUUGCUCCAGCGUACACAGAGCAACGCAACAUAGCAGCAUGGCAACAUAGCAGCAUGGCACGCUGUAAACAUUUUCCUCACUCUGGCAGGCCUUUGUGUCGCCUUGGAUGUCCUCAGUCUUUCUCCAGGCGUCCACUGACUCCUUGACUUUGACCUCUUCCCAGUUCGCUUCUCAGUCAGGGUCAGUCAGUGGUUGUCUGGAGAAAGAUCAAGGAGGACAUUCACAUCAGAGACUAGAGAUGUUACCUUCUCCAGCUACAGUAUAUGCAACCACCUAUCAUGUGAUCAAAGUGCUGUAUUUUACUGUUGGUCACAUGACAACUAAACCAACCCUACGGAAACUGAGCCAAAAAUAUGUGGUUGAAAGCCCCUGAAAACACAAGUAAGUGUACCUUUUAGUUCAGAUUAUCUUGACAAAAUACUGUUUCAAAAGUCAGGAAUGAGCUUUAAUACCCUCGGGUGAAUACAGAGUAGAAAUAUUUCAGCGAAGGUUAGAAGGAAAUUAUACUAGAACUAUAGAAUUAAGAUUUUUUUUGUCUCAUUGCUUGGUGUUUCUAAAUUUAACUUUCUGUAGUCUAGUAUGCUGUUUAAAAUGGUCUGAUCAGAGUGAACCAUGCACUACUGUUCAUAAAUGGAAUCGAAUUCAACUGAAUGACUCAUUGUUAGUAGGUUAUUUUAAGAUGCUAGUGCAAUGGAUAAACCCAGACUACUGUCUCACCUCACUGUGUAGUUCUAAACUUCAAAAAACAUUGUGUCUCUUUGUACCUGAUCUACUGUGACUGUCCGUGAACCCUGACUCUGGCCUGGUGAUCUUGACCGGACCACCUGAAAUGUGACUUUCCUGUCACUCCUAGUGGACCCGUAAAGUUGUGAAGGCUUGAUGGUGGUGGGAGAUGAUCACUGCCACAGUGUUCCCUUCAAGUGGUAUGCAUCGAUAUGACCAAAGCUAAAGGGUCGGUUCACCUUCGGUCAGCUGUUUAUGACCACUUUGUACUACACCAUGCUCUGGUUUUGUAUCACGUUUGAGGUGUCACUCGUCUUUCUGUGGCUCGAGCACUUUUCCAUCACAGAUCUGUAUUUUUUAUGCAAUCAUGUUCUUUUAACAACCUUAUUAGAAUCACGAAGUCUGCUCCUUGCUUUUCUAAAAACAUCUGCACUACUGUGUGUGUGCUUGCUUGCUUGUGUGUGUGAGUAUGUAAGAGUAUGUGUGUACCCAGCUCCAUAGCUUAACCAUAGACUCAACAAGUCCUGUGCAGGUGUAUUGUUCUAACCUUAACCGGACUCGUCACCAUUUCACUGUGUGCAGUAGCUGUGGGUUUCUGUAAGCGUAAAAAGAUCCAGAGUCUACAGUAAAGCUGAAGCUUUCGGAGAUUAAACUUCAUCUCACUUC